GUCGGUGUUGGCGCUGCGAGAGUUGGAGGCGCGGCCCGCGGCGGCGGCGGUGGCGGUGGCGGUGGUGGCGGAGGCAGCUGGCGACCGGGCGCGUUAGACGGGGCCGGGGUCCGCGGCGCGCUCUCCGCCCACAGAAAUGAGCCGCCAGACUGCUACAGCAUUACCCACUGGCACCUCAAAGUGUCCACCAUCCCAGAGGGUACCUGCCCUGACUGGCACAACUGCAUCCAACAAUGACUUGGCGAGUCUUUUUGAGUGUCCUGUCUGCUUUGACUAUGUGUUGCCACCCAUUCUUCAGUGUCAGAGUGGCCAUCUUGUUUGUAGCAACUGUCGUCCUAAACUCACAUGUUGUCCGACCUGCCGGGGUCCACUGGGAUCCAUCCGCAACUUGGCUAUGGAGAAAGUGGCCAAUUCAGUACUUUUCCCUUGUAAAUACGCCUCUUCUGGAUGUGAAAUAACUCUCCCGCACACAGAAAAGGCAGAGCACGAGGAGCUCUGUGAGUUCAGGCCUUACUCCUGCCCCUGCCCUGGUGCUUCCUGUAAGUGGCAAGGCUCAUUGGAUGCUGUCAUGCCCCACCUGAUGCAUCAGCACAAGUCCAUUACAACCCUGCAAGGAGAAGAUAUAGUUUUCCUUGCUACAGACAUUAACCUUCCUGGUGCUGUUGACUGGGUGAUGAUGCAGUCUUGUUUUGGCUUUCACUUCAUGUUAGUCUUGGAGAAACAGGAAAAAUACGAUGGUCACCAGCAGUUCUUUGCAAUUGUACAGCUGAUAGGAACACGCAAGCAAGCUGAAAAUUUUGCUUAUCGACUUGAGCUAAAUGGUCAUAGGCGGCGAUUGACUUGGGAAGCGACUCCUCGAUCUAUUCAUGAGGGAAUUGCAACAGCCAUUAUGAAUAGUGACUGCCUAGUGUUUGACACCAGCAUUGCACAGCUUUUUGCAGAAAAUGGCAAUUUAGGCAUCAAUGUAACUAUUUCCAUGUGUUGAAACGGCAAUCAAAUAUUUCUGGCCAGUGUUUAAAAUUUGCAUUUGACUUCACAGAGAAUAAGGCACCCAUCUGCUUGCCAACCUAAAACUCUCCUGGUAGGUAGAAGCUAGACACAUGAAGGUAAAUAAAAAGAAAGGCUGUUAAUACAGGAAACAGUUGCAUGUAGUAACACUAAUAUAUUUAAAAAUAAUUCAACAGUAAACCACUGAAAAAAUAUAUAUAUACCCAAGAUGGGCAUCUUUUGUAUUAAGAAAAAAGAAAGGAAGCAUUGUAAAAUAUUUCUGAACUUCGUGUUUGUUGUAGAUUGAUUGUAUUGUUGACAACAAUUUUUUGGGGAUGUGUGUCUGUGCACACAUGGGUGCACGAGUGUGGUUGGUUUUCCUUUAACUGACAAGCCAUCUGCGUGGUCAUGGACCACUGCUUUCCCCUUGUGAGUAAUACAUAGUGCUGCUGUGUGUUUUGUUUUGUUUUCUUUUCUUUUUUUGUGUGUGUAUUUGCUAAUUUUUAUUCUAGUUUUUCAUUAAAUAAAUUUGACUUUCUUUUCUGUAAUUCAGGUUUUUCUCACUUUUGUACCUUUAAGUUAGUGUCUUUUUGAUAUUCAUAAUUGUUUAUGUCAAAAGUUUGUGUUCAGUACAUACUUUCUUUUCCUUCAAUCAGUUUAUUAGAACUAUUUUUAAUUCAGCCCUUUUGUGAAAAUAGGAAUUCCAGAAAGGAAAGGUAACAUGAGAGCGCUGUGCAAGCUGCAGCAGGUAUGAGACGGUCUUGUCUGUGUGAGUCCCACCAUCAGGCUGACUCUUGGGAAGGUCAGGUUAGGGAGUAAACUGAGUUAUAUAAAUACCUUUAAAAAAUCAGGCCUUUCCUCUCUUCAAAUGUGUUGGGCAAAUCACAUGUUUAAAUUGGUUCUUGUAUUUAUUGGUUUUGCAAAAGUGCAUCAUCAUACACAGUAUUUGUAACUAAAGGAAAUCAUUUGUUUUUAAAAAAAGGCAGUUUGCAAAAAAUGUUUUUGGUCUUUUAUAAUUCUCAUUAAAAGAUUAUCUGGCAAAUUAAAAAAAAUCUUAAUGUGUUUACUUUAGCUCUAGGUUGGUUUGUUUUGUUUUGUUUUUUCCUGGAGCUGAGGACUGACUACAGGGCCAGCACUUGCUAAGCAAGCACUCUCUCACUGGGCUACGUCCCUAACCCGUGGCUCUAAUAGAGCUCUUUGAUAAAGUCCAGAGUGGUUUCCUGUAUUUAGAGCAGAAGAUUAGGAGAUUAUAUGCCACUGUUUUGAAGUAUGUUAGUUUUAUUCUGAAGCACAGAAAGGACUAGGUUCUCCCCCCAUUUGAUUCCCAUAAGGACAUUUAGGGUAUGCCUGAUUAAUGCUGAUCACUCUUUUCCUUUAUGAAAACUGAGUUUAUCAUCGUAGUUCCAGUGGUGGAGUUUGACUCCGCAGCGUGGCUGCCAAGUUCCUAUGCACUAGUUUACCUCUGUCCAACUUAACCAGCUGUCUGACCUUGGGCCUAGUUUCCUAAUGUGUUAAAUGGAGUUAAAUUAUGGUGAGUAUGUGAAGGGUUAAAUGAGACACUAGUACUCGACCUAAGUAUUCAGCCAGUGUGGAACACUGGAUUUUACCUUUAGUGUUGUGUUCCUAGUUACACUCAGGCACACAGCAGAAAUCUGUCAUUGAUAAUUUUGUAUUUUCCUAGUGGUACCCCAAGCUUAGAAAGUCAUUGAGAAUUAACUUGCAUUUUCCUUUUAUCCUAUUUCCAAUUCUGGAUUAUGGAGCUUGGUUCUGUUAGCCAUUUUCAGUACAAGUAAGCCUUCUAUUGAGUUGAUUGUCAUGUGCUUAUGUAGCUAUAUUUGGGGUGAAAGGGAAUAAUUUAGCCACAGAUUACAACCAGAUUUCAGCUUGUGUGUGUGUUGAGACAAGGUCUUGCUAUCCUGGGUGGCC